CACUAGUAUGUUGAGAAAGAUUGAGAAGCAACUGGCAUCGUUCUUUAGUACAGGUGAUUUCUUCUACUCCAACGAAUUGAACAUUACGAAGGAUAUCAUCUACAAAGAUGGUCAGAUUCAAGUGAAGAACUGUAACGAACCAAACAACUCGUUUUGUUUCAACAGCCAUAUCUCAUACAGAUUCCCAAGAGAGCUAGUUGCUCCAUUGAUUCAAGGGUUUGUCGGCUCAAUUGAUCUUAUAUUCCCACAGGUUGGGACAGAAUCGAAGACUGGUCAGCUCUUACUCUUGUCUAAGAGAUCUACUCAUCGUGCCGGCUCAAGAUAUUUGAGACGUGGUAUCGACGACAAUGGUAACGUUGCUAAUUUUGUAUCAACGUCUCAAAUCUUGAUCGUGGAAGAGCUCCUCGAUGACAAGACACCAUUGUUUGCCAAAUUUGACAUCAUCAGAGGCUCCAUACCGAUAUUUUUCCAGCAAAACCCUGCAAAUUUGAAACCUAUUCCGUUUUUAACAAGACCACUGGAUAGAUGUGAGGAGCCAUUCCAAAAGCAUUUCAACAAUUUGAAUACAAGUUACCACAAGAUUACUUGUGUUUCUUUAGUUGAAAGAUCAAAGAAGGAGGUCCUGAUUGGAGACUGUUAUGAACGACUCUGUGAAAAGUAUGGCGUGGAACUUAGCUGGUUCGACUUCCACGAAGUUUGUAAAAAGAUGAAGUUUGAAAACGUUGUGAAGCUCUUAGAUGAGGCUUUACAAAACGAUGAUGGUUCAACUGUUGAGGGAAAGCUCCACGAAUACGGCCUGUUUGAUUCAAUAGCUGAAACAAGCCAAACCGGAAUCUUUAGAAUCAACUGCGUUGAUUGUCUUGAUAGAACGAACUUGGUCCAGAAGUUUCUUGCUGAACAUGUUUUAAAGGAUUACAUUUUUGAAAAGUAUGGACUGUCAACAGAUCACCAGUUUCAAAAUCUCUUUAAUAAUUUGUGGGCAGAUAAUGGUGACUUCAUAUCGAGGCAAUAUGCAUCCACAGGUGCCUUGAAAGGUGACUUUACCAGAACGUCCAAGAGAAACUAUAAGGGGUUGUUGAACGACGCCUUUUUGACAAUGUCCAGAUACUACAACGGGUACAUCAGCGAUUAUUCUAAACAAUGCUUCAUCGAUUUCCUCCUCGGACAUGCGAACGAGUCAAUCUUCGAAGAAUUCGAAUCAACGCUAAACGUGUUGGAUCCAAACGAAGUUGUCGACGACCUUAACAAAAAGAGUGAUCAGUUAAACAAGGCUAUGGAGCAGCUAGAAAUACCAGACGAUGUAAUUAUUCUUGGAUCUUGGUCAGGAUUCCAAAGUCCCUUGGAAUACGAUACGUUAAAGUUAAGGAAUGAUCUCAGAGAGACUUCGGUGUUCUUGACGAACAGAAUCAUAUAUCUGGUACAGUUUGACAGCACUGCAAGUAAGAUCAUCAGAUCUGUAAUGAUCCCAGUGGAGGACGUGAAAGGGUUGGAAUAUGGAACUUAUAUCCUUUCAAGGCACAAUUCAAUUUCUACAAACCCUAGAAGAAACAUUGGGUUGAAAUUCAUAGUGUCUGUUCAUACAAUGCCUUCCUUAGACACCACUGACAAUGCAACCAAGGAGAAGUUCGUAACAAUAAAGUUCCCUCAGAAUAUGGAUUACGGUAAGGUGAAGCACAUCAUCAAUCUUAUCUCCAAGACUUGUCAUUCAUCUACUUUGGAGAAUAAAGAUAUAAUCACGACAAAGGAUGCAUCGACAGAUGUUAUUGCAAUGAUGGAGCACAAGUUUAAGAAAUUGGUGUGGGGAUAGAUUGGAAUCAUCCUUUUCUAUUGGUUUAUUACUACAGGAUUUAGACGGAUACUCGUGUAGAUGUAUUCUUCAACAGACGUUUUCAACAACAAUAUCCUUGCCGUCAUUUUCACCUAAGUCAGUUCUCAAUCUUCUGUUGAAAAGCUCAAAGAGGAACCCGAAACAGGCAGAUGUGAUGGCACUGUCAUAUCUUCCCUUACUCGACUCGUCCCUGACAAAAGCAUGUUGAGCGUCGUUCAACUCCAUGAAUGUGAAGUUCACGUUGUUGUCUCUCAAUGUCUUUCUGAUGAGGUCUCUGCCUUCUGGUGGAACGUGGUUAUCCAAUGUACCAAAAAUCAAGACGAACUCGGCAUCCUUUCUUGCUAGUUUAAUGGAGUUUGCAAGAGAAUCGUCAUUCUCGCCUUUGCCCAGCCUGUGGUUGUGGAUAUCAGUUGGGAAGAAGCAAACAGCACUUGAGACUCUCGAGUCAUACACAGCUCUAAAGGCCAAAUGACCACCCA